GUACAAACAAUCAUAGCCCCCUCUUUCUCUCUCUAGAUUCCCAUUCCCAGCAAAACCAGUUUGAGAUCUCUCUCUAGAAAGAGGACACAGAGAUGGCGAACACAACGCUUCGAAGCUCUCGCACUUCACUCUCCUCCGAUCGAAAGAAUGGAGUCGGCGGUGGAGCGAUUCGAGUCCCUCUCUUCAGCUUCAAGCUCUUUGUCUCCGCCAUCACUGUCGCUGUCUCUCUCUUCUUCGCUCUCUCUUUCCUCUUCACUUCCUCCACUAAUCCAUCCGAUCUCAACUUCGGUUUUUCUUCUGAUUCAUAUGGACUUGGACCGAUCAGACGGACGAUACUCGCUAUCAAAUCUGACCCGUUGAAGCCGAGACUUGAUCAGAUCAAGAAGCAAGCAGACGACCACAGAUCUCUUGUUCUCGCUUACGCGGCGUAUGCUCGGAAGUUGAAGCUGGAGAACGCGAAGCUUGUUAGGGUUUUUGCAGAUCUCUCUCGCAACUACACGGAUCUGAUCUCGAAACCUUCUUAUCGCGCUCUGUUUGACUCUGAUGCGAACUCGAUUGAUGAAUCGGUGCUUCGGCAGUUGGAGAAGGAGGUCAAAGAACGGAUCAAACUAACGCGCCAACUGAUUGCGGAGGCGAAGGAGUCAUUCGAUAAUCAACUGAAGAUUCAGAAGCUCAAGGAUACGAUUUUCUCUGUAAAUGAGCAAUUAACCAAGGCGAAGAAGCAAGGAGCGUUUUCGAGUUUGAUCGCAGCAAAAUCGAUUCCGAAGAGCUUGCAUUGCCUCGCGAUGAGGUUGAUGGAAGAGCGAAUUGCGCAUCCUGACAAGUAUUCAGAUGAGGGGAAGCCGACGCUGCCAGCAUUUGAGGAUCCCAACCUUUACCACUAUGCUAUUUUCUCCGAUAAUGUGAUUGCAGCCUCCGUUGUGGUGAAUUCCGCUGUUAAGAACUCGAAUGAGCCAUCGAAACACGUGUUCCAUGUCGUGACUGAUAAGAUGAAUCUCGGAGCAAUGCAGGUUAUGUUCAAGAUGAGGGAAUACAAUGGAGCUCACGUUGAGGUGAAGGCUGUGGAAGAUUACACGUUCUUGAACUCUUCCUAUGUUCCAGUACUUAGACAGCUUGAAUCUGCGAACUUGCAAAAGUUCUACUUUGAGAAUAAGCUUGAGAAUGCAACUAAAGACACCACCAACAUGAAAUUUAGAAAUCCCAAGUAUUUGUCCAUGUUGAAUCAUCUCAGGUUCUAUUUGCCAGAGAUGUACCCAAAAUUGCAUAGGAUUUUGUUUUUGGAUGAUGAUGUGGUUGUUCAGAGAGAUUUGACGGGUUUGUGGAAGAUAGACAUGGAUGGAAAGGUGAAUGGGGCUGUUGAGACUUGUUUUGGGUCAUUCCAUCGGUAUGCACAGUACAUGAACUUCUCACACCCUUUAAUCAAAGAGAAGUUCAAUCCAAAAGCAUGUGGAUGGGCUUAUGGGAUGAACUUCUUUGAUUUGGAUGCUUGGAGAAAGGAGAAAUGCACUGAACAGUAUCACUACUGGCAGAAUCUGAAUGAGAAUCGUACCUUGUGGAAAUUGGGGACACUGCCUCCGGGACUGAUCACAUAUUAUUCAACAACAAAACCCCUAGACAAGUCUUGGCAUGUUUUGGGGCUUGGUUACAACCCAAGCAUUAGCAUGGAUGAGAUCCGCAAUGCUGCAGUCGUGCACUUCAACGGGAAUAUGAAACCAUGGCUUGAUAUUGCCAUGAACCAGUUCCGGCCACUCUGGACAAAGUAUGUUGAUUAUGAUAUGGAGUUUGUUCAGGCUUGCAAUUUUGGACUCUAAAUAAAUGGCUAUAGUUCUAUUAUGCUUGAGGUAUCUAUCUGCCAAUCUGGUCCUCUGCAAGAAGCUGCCGUUUCGUGAGACUCCUAACUUCUUCUAGCAUGAGGCUACUCAUACUUUUUAUGUGGAAGAAUCUCAUGUCUACUCAAUUGCAUCCAUCCUUCCUUCAUGACACGACAACACACUUCCAUUUAUGUAUACGGAGAAGUGUCAAGCCUCUUCAAGAAACAUCUGCUUGUGGCUGGACUAGCGUUGUUAGAACCCUCCAAGCAUAGGCUUCAAUAGUUGAGAGUUUGCUUCUAAUUGUUCAUAUAUGGUUACAGUUAAAUUUUCUCUGCUAAAUAUUUAAUUAUUUAGACAAAUGUGAACUUUUCUAGUUCAACUAUUUGCUAUAUUUGUAGCAAACAUUUAAUAUAUGAUAAUGCACUGAACUACUGAAACUUGUCCUUGUCAAA